UUUCUAUUACACUAGAAAUUGUUUCAUGUUCACAUGCUGUCUUUUUUGCCAUUAAAAUGUUGUGGCUUCAUAUAAACUUACAUAAGUUGUCUUCAUAAUUACCUGAUGCCUGUAGAAGGUGCAGAACAUCGGUGGAAUAUGUCCUUUGGUGCGGACUGUUUUCUCGAUUGUGAUCGAGAGGGUUUCAAGGGAAAAGUCAAGCAAACAUACCAAGAUUUUAUUGUCACUGAAAUUGACUCUCAAGGGAAGCUUGUAGAACUUAUUGCACAAGACAUUUCUUCUGAAAUUAAAGACAAAAACUUUCAGAAUAUUAAUAGAAGUGGAAAACACAGAGAGUCAAUCAAAAAUGGGAUUCAUUUAGAAUUGAAGAGUCUAAAUAAAGAAACACCGUUUUUAGCCAAGAUUUCAGAGUCAUAUAACAACUUACAAAAACAAGCUGUGAGUGAUUUGGAAAAGUGUCUGGGAAGUGAGAAGUUCACAGAGCUCAGAGAUUUUUCCCUGGAUGCUGAGAAAAGGAAAGAAAACAACAGGAGAAUAUGUAUUUGCUCAACAAUGUUAAAGGAGGAUCGAACAGCUCUGCACAGAAACGUCAGGCUGGCUUACCCCCAUCUUCAGACUGUAACUAUAAAGAGUGAACAAGAGGGAGACCCUCCUUCCAUCUUUGCAGUCAGGGAUAAAGUUUAUUGGGAGUUUUAUGAGUUGCUAAAUAAUAGACAGCAAGUGGACAGACUGCUAUGUUUUGCUCACUGGGAAACAAGAACGGUACCUUCCACUUUUGAUCUUAAUGUCAGUAGUGCAGAUAAACAGCAGCGAACAAAGAUUCACAGACUACUUUCAAAGCACUUUGGGUCAUUUCUUGAGAGCAAGACUUUCAAUGACCCUGAAAAGAAGACAUCAAAUGGUGCACAGGCAGGAAGCUACAUCCAGAUUAGAAUGCGAGUUAAGGGAAGAAAGUCACUACAGCAAAAUUAUCAAUUAACAAGCCCAAGUCAGACUGAGACUGAAUACACAGGAUUUGUUUUAUGCAAGAGAAAUAUGGAAACACUGGAAGCUAUACACCGCUUGUCCAGCUGUCUAAAUAUUCAGCCUUCAGCCUUCAGUUAUGCAGGGAUCAAGGAUAAGAAAGCAAUCACCAAACAGUACAUGUUGGUCAGAGGUGUUACACCAGAACAGAUAUGUGCCAUUCAAGAUCACCCCUCCCUAGAGGGUAUAGAAUGUGGAAGCUACAGGAGGGGGCUGAGGAGAUCUCUCAGGAUGGGUGCACUCAGGGGAAACCAUUUUCAAGUUGUGAUCAGAAAUAUACACAGUAAUGCGAGCAGCAGCCUUGAAGAAAAUGUUGGUGACUUGGAGAAGGUUAUUCAGGACGCAGUGUCCUCUCUGUCUCUUCGUGGAUUUCUGAAUUAUUUUGGCCCUCAAAGGUUUGGCUUGGAUGACAAGGAAGUAAAUGCUUGCGAUAUUGGACUUGCUAUGUUACAAGGAGACGCGAUUCAAGCAGUGAAACUCCUUCUGACUCCAUCGGAAAAUAAUCCAGACCAUCCUGUGAACUCUGCUAAAAGGUAUUACUGCGAGACAAGUGACGUACAAGGUACACUGGGUAAGAUGCCUGGUUACAAAGUUCGCGAAACCCUGGUGCUCAAAGGACUUCAUAGACAUGGGACCGACGUGGAUGGUUGUCGGAAGGCACUACUGAACAUUCCUUAUUCCAUGCGCCUGUUGUACGUUCAUAGCUACUGCAGCCUGGUCUGGAACCAGAUGGCAUCUUUGAGGAUUCAGCGUUACGGACGGACAGCGGCUGUACAAGGGGACUUCGUCGUAGAUAAGUCUGUAGAUGAAGUUGAAUUUAAAAAUUCGGCGACCGCUGACAGUUACGAUAGCGGUAGCGCUGGGAAUUCUUGCGAAGAUGACACCAGUGGUGUAAGGAGGGAUUGCGUUAGAUAUGUUUCUGAUCAGGAUGAAGGAAAGCAUAGCCUCAAAGAUGUAGUUUUGCCGCUUCCUGGUUACAACAUUCAGUAUCCAACAAAUGAUGUGGGAGAUGAGUAUAAAAAGAGGCUGGAAACAGACGGGUUGACUGCAAAAAGUUUUAGGCUGCGGAGUCUGGGUAUGAAUUUGCCUGGUGCUUACAGAAAGCUUGUGGCGUUCCCUUGGGAUUUGUCAUAUAAAUAUGUUAGAGAAGCGCAUGCACGAACAGUCGAUAGUUACGCUGCUGGGAGUGAUUACUAUACGGUAACAAGAGAAUCUAGUUGUGUAGACAGUGACAGUGACGCGAAAAGACCGCGACUUGCAUCAAGCGGUAACUGUUACGAAGACAGUACAAAAGAUUUAAGACCAACAGAACUUAACGAGGUCUGUCGACGAUCAGAGAGUUGCUGUAGUAACCUUGAGAUCUCGUUUAGUUUGGAACCUUCGUGUUACGCGACGUCAUGUAUUAGAGAACUCAUGAAGAAUUGAAAGAAAUGAAACAACGAUUCUCACGAAAAGCUGUGAACACUUUGAUUAGAUUGUGAAGGUCACUGUGGACUGUCCAAUCACAGUGAACACUUUGAUCACUUUUGAACACUUACAUUUUGACAGGCCAAUUCUGAACUGACCAAUCGCCAUGAGUUCAAAACACUUAAGAUAAGAAGCUAACCUCAAAACCACAAAUGAUUGUUUACUGUUUACAGUUCACUUUUCUGUCUCGAUAGAUUUGUUUUUUCCUUGAAACACAAGAGCAUCUUAUGAAUGUGGUGGUAACGGUCUUUGUGUCUUACACUUCUCUUAGCGAAGACUUUUUGUGCGGACAUUGUUUGUUUGUUUGUUUGUUUAUUAUACCCCUUGCAGAAAAUCUGAAUUACAGGUAUAGUCAGAAAAUUGUAUACAUGGAAGUAAGCUUACAAAAUGAAAUAAUAAAUAAUGGAUUUUUAUA